UAACAGUUUAAUCUCCGGAGCUCCAGGAAGGGUGUUUUAUGGCAAAGGAGGACUACAUGCAUAUAUAUGACCAGGAAGGGACAGGGUGACCCACUACAGGACUUGCUGGGGAUAAGCUUCAGUCUACGAGCUAGGCUAUCAUGGUAGCAUACAAGGUCCCCCGUCUCACUCUUCAGGGAAUCCUGGGGGUCCCCAUAUCCUCUUGUAGAAAGCUACCUGCGAGGUUCUAGGUCCCGGGACUCCCGUCAAGGUCUCAGAGUAGUAUAGUAGAAGGGUCACCUGCCCUCGGACUGGCAGUGGCGGCAGAAUGGCGGGGGUUGGAAGGGGGGCUGCUUGGCCGUGGACUUUGGCCUGACUUUCCCUGUUGCUCUUCCCCGGGGCUCAGGUAUUCCUCAGCCGGCACCCUCCCCCUCCCGAAGCACUGCACCUAGGCUGCUAAGGGACCAGCUCCUUUCUCAGAUGCCCGCCUCCGUGUCGCCACUUCACGCAGCCCCAGCUGGACUCGCUGGCACCCACAACUUGGUGGAGCGUGCCCAUCUGCCUCCACCCCCCGUCGAUCCCUCGCUUGCACUGCCAAGUCUUAUGGUUCCAGGGCCGCGAAGCUGACCCUAGUUCUGUGCUCCGGAGCGGCGCGCCGGUGCCUCAGUAGGGCAGCGCCCGGUGGCGGCCAGAUCCCACCGGCCAGCCCUGCCCUGCCCUGCCCGGUCGCCGCACCCGCGAGCCGGGCUCUGCCUGGCUCUCUGCACACGGAGGAGGCCCGCCCUCCGCGCCCGGACGGGCAGAGGGUGUGCGUGGAGCCAGGGGUGUGGCGGAGAGUCCCAGGACCAGCAGCACAGGCCUCUGUGGAAGUAGGUGGCCCUGUGGAGGAGGGUGACUGACGGCCACUUGCCACCUGUCUGCCUACCUGAGGACACUUGUCUGCCUUGGUGAUGGGGCUGGACGUCACCUGUUGGGUCAGAUCCUCUCAGGUCAUGCCAGUGUCCUGAAACGGAGCUGCCAGUAGGGGCGGGGUGUCCGGGCAGCCUCGGAGUUUGCUUCUUGAAACCGCAAGGAUCACAUUUUGACAGAAUUAAAAGCCUGCAACUGCGGAGGGAAGGAAACACACCAGGGAACAACGAGGAGGCCUUUUCUUUUCUGGCCAUGUCUUCUGUGGGAACUGCUGAGCCAGAUGGAGACCAGAGGGACCGGCAUGUCAGCAAGCUCAUUUUCUUCCUCUUUGUCUUCGGUGCAGCUCUGUUGUGUGUUGGGGUCCUGCUCUCCAUCUUUGGGUACCAGGCAUGCCAAUAUAAGCCUCUCUCACACUGCAGCAUGGUGCUGAAGAUUGCUGGACCUUCGUGUGCAGUGGUGGGUCUUGGGGCUGUGAUUCUGGCCCGGUCCCGGGCACGCCUGCAUCUGCGGGAGCGACAGCGGCAAGGCCUUCAGGACCCUGACCAAUCCUUCUUCUGUGGAGAGAGCCGCCAGUUUGCCCAGUGUCUCAUCUUUGGGUUCUUGUUUCUGACCAGUGGCAUGCUCAUUAGCAUACUGGGCAUUUGGGUGCCAGGAUGUGACUCAGACUGGGCACAGGAACCACUGAAUGAGACAAACACCGGAGAAGGAGAACCCCAGAUCUGUGGCUUCCUUUCUCUGCAGAUCAUGGGGCCCUUGGUUGUGCUUGUGGGACUGUGUUUCUUUGUGGUAGCCCAUGUUAAGAAGAAAAACAACUUGAGUUCAAGCCGAGAUACCUCUGAGGUCGAAGGUGGACACGCCCACAGCACGGAGCCUGUCCACAUCACUGUAGGUGACUCAGUGAUAAUCUUCCCGCCCCCUCCACCACCUUACUUUCCUGAGUCUUCAGCAGCGGCUCCAUCUCCCGGGGCUAACAGCCUGCACCAGAUUGAAAACCCACCAUCCUAUUCCAGCCUUUUUAACUACGGCAGGACCCCAACUCCUGAGAACCAGGGAGCAGCCUCUGAGAGAGAACGGGAGCUCAUAUACACCAUUUCUGGGCAGGGUUCAUCCUCAGAGAGAUCAUACACUGGACAUCUUCCACUGGACCUGCCCCCUAGAUAUGAAGAAAAAGAAACUGCCCCAGCCACACCCUUGGGUGCCCCUUCUGAUUCAUCCCCACCAUGAGCUAUGGACUCAAGCACAGUUUUAUAUAUACCAUGGAUUGCUAUUUUAUUUAAUUUGUUUUUUAAUAAAACAU